CAUGUCAGAGACGGCCAUUUUGCACCGAAAAGAAUUUUCACAAGUUAUUUCAGUCGUAAACAUUGGGAUUUGGAGGACACACAUUUUAAUUUAUUUUAACUAUGUUAAUUAUAAAGAACAGAAAUUCAAGAUACUGAUGUCAAUUGGUCGAAUGAGGAUCCAACAGUGCCAGGCCUUUCCCAAAACUGGCAAUUGGCCGUGUACACUAGCCUGAGUGAGAGUGGCGAGCGUCAUGCCGUCACUCCCCAAACCUGGAAAUCUUAAAGACCCAGAAGUUGCUGGACUUUUCUCAAAUGAUGAUCCAGAGAAAAUAUUUGGGGACCUGCGAGAGAUCGGCCAUGGAAGCUUCGGCGCUGUCUAUUUUGCACGAAACAACAUUACGAAGGAGGUGGUGGCAAUCAAAAAGAUGUCUUAUAAUGGAAAAGGCUCUAAUGAUAAAUGGCAAGACAUUAUUAAAGAAGUCAAAUUCCUACGACAGUUAAAACAUAGGAACACUAUUGAAUACAAAGGAUGUUUUAUCAAAGAGCAUACAGCAUGGCUUGUAAUGGAGUAUUGCUUAGGUUCAGCAUCCGACAUAAUCGAAGUUCACAAAAAGCCCCUAAAAGAGGUGGAGAUUUCUGCCAUUUGUCAAGAUGGCCUUGAGGGACUGUCAUACCUCCACAGUCAAGGCAAAAUACACAGAGAUGUCAAGGCAGGAAAUAUUUUGCUAACAGAAAAUGGAACUGUAAAAUUAGCUGAUUUUGGGUCAGCAUCAUUGAUAUGUCCAGCAAAUUCCUUUGUUGGCACUCCUUAUUGGAUGGCACCAGAAGUGAUUCUAGCAAUGGAUGAGGGCCAGUAUGAUGGCAAAGCAGAUGUGUGGUCACUGGGUAUCACUUGUAUAGAAAUGGCUGAACGCAAGCCACCCCUUUUUAACAUGAAUGCCAUGAGUGCUUUGUACCAUAUUGCUCAGAAUGACUCUCCAAGCUUGGCAGGUGGGGAAUGGUCAGAUGAGUUUCACAACUUUGUUGAUGCUUGUUUGCAGAAGUUACCUAAAGACAGACCAUCCGCUACAGAGCUGCUAAAUCACCCUUUUGUUCGCAAAACACGGCGUUCUGAUGUUAUAUUAGAAUUAAUUCAGAGGACAAAAGUAGCUGUGAAACAGCUGGAUAACCUGCAGUAUAGAAGGUUGAAUAAACUCAUCAUGAACGGUGGCAACGAAGAGAGUUUGCUGGAGGGAACUGUUGUUACUAAUGUGGAAGAUCUUGUUCCACCAGAUGAUAAUUCAUCUCAGGAUGGUGAUAACUUGGAUAGCAAAUCAGACAGUUUACCAAGUCAACACAGCAACACUGCCAGCAGUCAGAGUAGUGUAGCAAGUCUUUCCCAAGCUAGCCAGAACGAGGAGCCCAUUUCAUUUGCUAGAGAGCGACAUUCACCUGUCACAGUACAAUUGCAUUUACAGGGCAGUGGUGGUGGUUUUGAGUGGCCAUCCUUCACACAUCGCAGUGCCUCAUACAGCCCUUACCUGGCAUCUAAGGCAUCAGGUGGAAGUCCCCGUGGCUUUGACCCUUCAAUGGCCAAUAAUUUUGCCACAAUUCGUACAACAUCCAUUGUGCAGAAACAGAUAAAAGAGCAUGAGAGAACCAAUGACUAUAGAAACUUUACAGUAUACAAAAGACUCCGCAAAACACAUCAAAAAGAGUUGCAAACUAUGGAGUCCAGAUUUAAGGCAGAGAUGGAGGAACAUAAGCAAAAACUAGACAGAGAAUAUGAUAACUUGAGACAGAGGUUUUUCCGUGAGUUGGAGAAACUAAAAGCUCAGCACAUUAGUGAACUUGAUAAGCAGAGCAAAAACACCCAAGCUCAAGAAAGAAAGUUCCUUCGUGAUGUUCACCAAAAUCAUGACACAGAGAGAAGGAGCUUAGCAGAACAAAUGAAGAAAAAUUAUAAAUCUGACAAAGAGAAAAUGAAGAAGGGACUGGAGACAAGUACCCCUAAGAAGGAAAGAGAUGACGCAAUGAAGAACUUCAAGGAGACUCUGACCCGCAAAAAGAGAGAUGCUGAGUUUAGGUUAGAAAAACACCAGAAGGACACUUUAGAAUUUAACCUGAGGGCUUUCAAACGCAGAAAACUGUUGCAGUAUCACAAGUUGGAGCAAAAACUGGCACAGGAGGAGAUAGGUCAGAGGCGAGCUCAGCUAGAGUACGAGCACAGCAUGCUGGUCAGGCACCACGAGUCCACGCAAGACUUGGAAUACAAGCACCUGGCAGCAUUGCAAAAGAUGAAAGACGAGCAGCUGAGGAAGCAGCAUGAGACAGAGAGGGAUAACCAGAAAGAUUACAAUUUAUGUGCUGAGGCAGAUCUGAGGAAAAAACAUGCCUUGGAGGUGAAACAGCAACCCAGGAGUUUAAGGGCUAAAGAGAUCCAAAUUCGGAAGCAAUUUAACGAGGCUGUCAAGACUCAGCAACGACAGUAUAAAGCCCUGAAGGAUCAUAUACUUCAAAACACUCCUAAAGCUGAACAGAAAACUGUUGUAAAAAAACUCAAAGAAGAGCAAAUGAGAAAACUAGCUGCUCUUGGAGAUCAGUAUGAGGCUAGUAUUGCUGAAAUGCUGCAACAACAGAAUGUACGAUUAGAUGAAACACAAAUGGCUGAUGCUAUUGAGCUCAGGAACCGUUUGCAUCAGGAGCUAGAAUUGCUUAUUGCUUACCAAAGUAAGAUAAAGAUGCACACAGAAGAGCAGCACAAGAGAGAGAGGAAGGUAUUGGAGGAGCGUGUAUCACUGCGGAGAGCCUUGCUUGAACAAAAGAUGGAUGAGGAGCGUUUACAUUUUGACAGAGACGAACAGGACAAAAGAGUUAUGCUACAAGAAAAACACCGUGAAGAAUUGAAUAACUUUGACAUUGAAACAACCCGCAUGGGUCUGAACAAUGUAGAGGUGGCUCAUGCAUCAGAGGAGCAGGUGGACGAUGACAUCAGCAUUCGAGGCAGCAUGCUCAGUUUAAGUGGAAGCGCUUCCAGCAACUCCUUCACUUCACACACACCUUUAUAACGAUGGCUGUUUCCCUUACAAAACUUUUGCCACCCCCCCAACUCCUUUCACUGUCAGGUUUGUAGUAGACGCAUGCUGGUGGUGGCACUGUCACCACACAUCAUGGCUGUACUACCAUUCAUUCGACGCAUAUAAACAUCAUAGUAGCUUCCCUUUAUCUACUCAAUGCAGCCACACUAAUGUUAUGUUUUUUUGAACAUCAGCUUUUUGUUUUUGACAAUUCAUUCUUGCAGUUGUUUUCCUUCACCUUGUACGCAUCACUUGUUAUUUCUCAUCAGAUCAUGCAUUUGAAAAAAAAAUACUAAUGAGUUACCACCCUUUUCUCCAACCCACCUCUUCCUCCCUCUUCCCCCCGUCCAGUAACCCGUUUUAUGAAAACCAGGUGUGGCGCAGCUUCUUGUUCCUCUGUACAGGUAUUGUUGAAUUGUUAGGUACACAACACUUAAGCUACGUCUGAGGUUUUUUGUUUACUUUAGUUGUCCAGCAAGGCCCACGGUUAGGUGGGGCUUCCAUGCUGUUGUUUUAAUCUCCAGGAGUUGAGUUUUAACAGAUGACCACCUCUCUCUGAUAUUUCAUAGUUUUAGAGAAACCUGCAACCAUUCCCAUGAUGCUUUGCUACCCACUUGGUGUAACCAGCUACUUAGCUUAUCAUGCUCUGUGUAAGGAUGCAGAAUGUGCUGCCGUGCCAAAACAUGCACUGUGUAUAUACAAUCUUUCUAUUCCCUUGUUUUGUGUGUAGCAAAGCACACAGCUGUUCUAUUCUCUUGAACUGGGUAGACAGAAGCUUAUCAAAACAAAGUUCUGCAACCUGUGGCCAUUUUAAAACUUUGUUUCUGCAGGGUUAUAAAAACAGUUGCUGUUUGAUGUUACAAUAUUUUCUUACAAAACAGGUCAUUUAAAAAAAAAAUCUGCCUUCUUCUUUUCUUUUUAUAAUCCAUUGUAUAAAUUCUUUUUAUCUUGGAAGGAAGUUGGCAGGAUAUGUUUUACCUACAGCAAGUGUUUUAAACCCCUCUACAGCUAGUGUCACUGUUGAAAAAAGUUCACCUGAAUUCAAAACAGCAUCUGUUUCUAUAAAUAUUUUGUUCCAACCUAGUUUUGUUUUAAUAGUAAAGGUAGACCUUUUGUCCAGCUCAUCAACAUUCAUGACAAAAGAAAAAAAAAUCUUGAUCAGUCUUAAUCCAUGCUAUUGGAUGGUUUACAGCAUUACAGAGCUAUUCACCUAUUCAACAUAUUUGUAUUCUCUCUUACCCUGUUUGAUUUUUUUUAUCCUAAUUUGUAAUGAUUAAAUUUCCAUUGUUUAGGAGUAAAAUAAUUUUUUUUUUUAUGUUGAUUGUACUAAGUCAGCAAAUUUCUAACAAAAAUGUAACCUCGUAUGUUAAAAGCAACACUUACUCCAGACAUUACAUAGGAAGGUGAUUAAUUUUUUUUUUUCUGUACAUAUUUUAUAUAUUGUAUAAUACUCUAAUCAUAUUCUCAUUGUGUUUUUGUGAGACCCACUGAAUGGGAGAAAAUAAAGGAGCAUUCUUGUCUCUAGUUGAUGUAUGCCAAUCUUCAUUGUAUCUGUAGUCGUGGCCAAAUAUGAAAUAUGUACUGUAAGGGGAGUUAACUCUAAGAUUGUUUUAACAAAGGGAAAAGUUUACCAUUUUUAUUGACAUUUUUUAAAGUUGAUUUUUAGUCGGAAGUUUAAUUCUGGUUCAACAGUUGAUAUCUGUCCUUCCCCCUCCCCACUCCCCUUUAGACUAACUACCCUUGAUUCCAUGGAACAUGGAUGUUGCACUACCAUUUUAACCUUUGUUCCAGGAACUUGAACCCUAGCUAAUGUUCUAUUUUACCAGCCUUUUACUGAAUGUUUUAAUACUUAUUUUAGAAUGAGGGAAUUUUUUUAUUCAAAAGCUGAUGAAAUAACUAAGUUUUCUGAAGUCUUUAGAGUAUCGCUUGACAUUUUAUUUUAUCUCACUAAGGCAAUGGUUGAUUUUUUAACAUUAUUUUCUUAAGAUUAAUAACUGCCCGGUACUAUACUUUGUUUAGUUCACAGUUUAAGAAAAACUCGUUUUAAAAAAAAUAAAUCCGUCAUUAAAAUAGAAUGGGACAUGCAUGGCCGCAUGUUAAAAUAUCACUGUGAGCAUAAUGAAGAUCCAAGCCUAUCUGAUAGAGAAGUGAAAGAUUGCUGUAAAUAAAGUGUUGAUAUGAGUGAAUGGGUCAUGACGUGAGGUUGGUCAGAUGUACAGCACACGCAAGAUUUUUGGCCAUUUGACAUGGCACCAAGUCUUCUAUUGGGAAUGCAAUAUUAUUUCUACAGUUAAUAUGUAUUUUCAUUCUUGUAUAAGGUAUGACACAAAUAAAUAAAAAUAUUAUUUUAAAGCU